CAUAUACUAUCCAGUGUUGUGUUGGUUCGUUGCUGUUAUUUUAUUAACUUAAUUUUUAUUUUUCUUAAAAUGGAUCAUCCUGCAUUUGCCGAAGCGGGCAGUGGCGCCGGUAUUGAAGUUUGGACAAUUGAGCAAUUCGAACCUGUGCCAAUUGAGAAGAAAAUGUAUGGAAAAUUCUUCAAUGGUGAUUCAUAUAUUGUUUUAAAGACAACAGGUGAAGACACGUUAUCAUACGACGCACAUUUCUGGCUGGGCAGUAAUACCACACAAGAUAAGAAAGGCUCGGCUGCGAUUUGGACAAUCACUUUGGAUGAUAUGCUGGGUGGGAGAGCGGUCCAUCAUCGAGAGGUGCAGGGCCACGAGUCCAGUCAGUUCUUAGGAUAUUUUCAACCGGCGAUACGUUAUUUGGAAGGAGGUAACGAGUCUGGCUUCAACAAUGUGGAAACAAAUGCCGGAGCAGAGAAACGUCUGCUCAGACUCUCUGGGUGCGACAACAUGAGGAUCGAAGAGGUACCAGCAGAGGCUACAUCUCUUACGAAAGACCAUUGCUUCAUCUUAGAAGUAGAUCAUGAUAUCUUCGUAUUAAUGCCUGAAGGUGCUAAAGCUACUCAGAGACGGAAAAUUAUCAGCGUUGCGAAUACAUUAAGAGAUGAUUAUCACAAUGGUAGAGCUACUAUUGAAAUUAUUGAUGAUUUCUCAUCUGACGAGGAUAUUGCAUUGUUCUUCGAAGCUCUAGGAUCUGGUUCUAAGGAUGAUUUGGUUGAAGCGGAAUCAACUGCCCAGACGUACACCAGAGAAGACAUGACAGCGGUCUACUUCUACCGAGUUCUGACUGGUGAUGAUGAGCUGGAUUUAGUGUCACUCAGCAAACCUUACAAGCAAAGGCAGUUGUCUUCUAAUGAGGUGUAUAUCCUAGACACGCCUUGCUCAGGCGUCUACAUCUGGCUUGGUAAUGACCUAGACGAGGAGAUCAAGAAAAACUAUUACCAAAUCGCACAAAAAUAUCUAGAUAUGAAGGAAUAUCCAUCCUGGGUCCACGUUACCAGGGUAGCAGAAGGCAACGAGAGUUGCACUUUCAAACAGUACUUCCAUAAUUGGGAGACUAUUGGUGCUACUAACUCCCGUAUGGUCUCCGAAUCAGAUGCUGGUUAUUUCUCUGGUGACGCUGAAGAGUCAAAUGCAGCUGGCAAGCUGAUAGGAAAGAGUGCGUCUGCGAGGGGAUACAUGCCAGAUACUGGGGAAGGAAUUUAUACAGUCACACGUAUAUCUGGUGAGGAAGAAGAUAUAACUGACCAGAUUAUUGAGAAGCCAGUGUUAUACGACAACGAUGUGUACGUGGUGAAGUACCAGUACGAUGACAAUGGUGAUGAAGCUUAUGUCAUUUACGUGUGGAUUGGAGCUAAUGCUGACCCAUCAGAUAAAGCGGCGGGAAUCGAAAUGGCUGCACAAAUAGAUAAAGAGGAAGAAGCCAAUGUUAACGUUGUAAAAGUACCACAUGGGAAAGAACCUAAACAUUUCUUGGCUAUAUUUAAAGGAAACUUGGCUGUAUUAUAUGGGAGUAAAGAUGAAAAAUAUAAAGCACAGAAUUCAAAGAAAUCAUACGACGAAGAUGGCGUUAGAUUGUUUAGAGUGGAAGGCACGGAACUGGAAGUGGACAUGAGAACAGUCCAGGUGCCCGAAACUGCUGAAGUUCUGGAAGAUGACGAUGUAUUUGUUCUGGAAACUGCUGACAAGAUAUAUGUGUGGCAUGGCAAGGAAUCGCAAGAAACGGAGCAAGAAGCAGCUACAAACUUCGUGCAGAAAAUUCUUGGCGAAGAGAAAGAGAUUAUUACUCUAAACCAGGGAGAGGAAACUGAUGAUUUCUGGGAAUUUUUAGGUGGUGCACCAGAAGAGAAGGAGGAUUCAUCAGGCUGGAAGUUGACACUCAACCGACGUGUCACUACGCCGUUGAGUUUGACAGCUGUCACUGUCAGUGUGACAGGAAAGAUUGACUUCGAGGAAUUGCCUCCGGAAUUCACGCAACAGGAUUUAUCUGACGAUGGAGUCUAUAUCUUGGAUACAGGAGAAGAGCUGUACUUCUGGAAGGGAAAGAACAUUCCGGAAAGAAUUAGGAUGGCUAAAGAUAGUAUUAUUGAGGAAUACAUAUCAGACGAUGGUUUAGACAGAACUGUGGACUCGGCUAUCGUAGUCUCCGUGCGUCAGGGCAAAGAGCCUGCGGUGUUCAAAAAGUUAUUCCCAGACUGGGAUGAUGAUAUGUGGGAGAACCAAACAUCAUAUGAGGACAUCAAAAACGAAACGAAAGCCGCGAAUUCCAAAUAAAUACCGAAGGAUAUCAAAAUAAAUAACCACAAAAUAUUUUUU